AUGUCUGAAGAAUCACCUAUCACCUUGUCCGUGGGGACUCAUACCUGGUUCCCAAGCGAUGAAGCCAAACUACAGGGCAUCAUUUCCAUUAUGCGUACUCACAACAUUUCAAUUCUAGACACUGCUAGAUUAUAUGGAGGUGGAGCAUCAGAGAUGGCUAUUGGAAGCUUACACUUGGGUCCAGAGUUUUCCGUUGAUACCAAGGCGCCAACAGGCUUUGCAAGUGGCUUUGCGGACAAGAUUGAAGAGUCGGCUGAACAGAGUUUGGCGGCACUGCAGACUCAAAGAGUGCGAACGUACCUCCUUCACGGAGCUGAUGAAACUGUCUCGUUUGAGAAGCAAAUGGAAGCCAUCCAGAAGCUCUAUGAAAAAGGAAGCUUUGAGAGGUUCGGCAUCUCCAACUUUAGUCGCGAGCAGAUCCUCAGCAUCUACGACAUUGCCAAGUCAAAGGGCUAUGUGUUGCCGAGUGUCUUCCAAACCAGUUACAGCCUUGCUGCUCGUCACCAUGAAACUGAGCUGUUUCCAAUGCUCCGGAAGCUCGGAUUUUCCAUCCAGGCAUAUUCCCCCAUGGCAGGUGGCUUCCUAGCCAAGACUCCAGAGUACAUCGAACAGGGCCUGGGGAGCUGGAAUCCCGACACGGCGACUGGCAAAUUUUCACGUGGUCUCUUCUAUAAGCCGUCAUACAUGAAGAUGCUUGGAGAGUUUGGAACAUUGUCUGAGAAAUCGGGCAUUAGCCGAGCCGGCCUGGCAUAUAGAUGGGUGAGACAUCACUCUGGUCUCAAGAGCCACUCGGGCGAUGAGAUGAUUAUCGGUGCUUCAACCUCGGACCAACUGGCCGACACAAUGAAGGAACUCGAGGGCGGUCCCCUGGAGCCAUGGAUUGUUCAGCGCAUCGACGAGCUUUGGGAGUUGGUUAAGGAUGAAGAGGCAAUCGACAACUUGAAGAAUACCCGCAAGGUAUUUGGCUGA